AUGCUCAACGUCGAGAUUGCACCUGACUUAUUCCCGUCUUUCUUUGCUGUUCUUUCUCGCAACUCGCCCAGCAUGCCACCAAAUACACAGCUUCAAUCUGUGGCGGCUUUUACGCCGCAGCCUUCCUCCAUGACUGUCGUUCUCGGGUCCAGGAUCGAACCGUGGCUCACAGAAUCAUUGAGACGCAUCAAACCCAAUGAGCCGCUCAAUAGCGUUGCUGAGCAUCAAACAUGCCUUAGCAAAGUUUUGUCAUCGCCGAACACCAUCUGGAUCCUGGCAUCCCUGAUGCGAGAAGGCUCAAAGUCCGAAUCGGAUCCCGAGUUUUAUCUUGUUGAUAUCGAGACAAAUAUUGUUCUUGUCGAUAUCCCAUGCGAUGAGGUUGUAUUCAAGCUGACUUCGAACACAACAGACGCCCUGAUCAAGUAUUAUCAGGACGUCUAUUGUGUUGACGCCAAGGAGAAAGAACAGCACAAGAGGCAGCUUAAGGAUUUUAUCGAAGCUAUCAACCGUUACACUUUCCGCAUGCCUGCUGUUGUGCUUGAUGGGUUGGAAAAGGAUGGUGCUGGCGAGCCACUUUCUGGGCAAAGCCGAAAUUUCAAAACCAGGAUUUUGAAUCUUAUGGAACGCCUGUCACCCUCGCCCUUUAAAGAGGUUGAGCCCAUUUCGGAAUCGCCCUCACUGUCCACAGCCGCAUCUUCUGCUGAUUUAUAUUCAAAGCCUCCCAUUAACAAGGUGGUUGGCUGGCCACCUGAUUUGAAUCCAACUCAAGCCCUCUCCCAAUCCCAAGUCAAUUGCGACCCUUUUUCGAUAUCCUUCUACGGAAUCCCACCAAUCUCUGCCUUCCCACCAAUGCCAAGUCAGGCGGCUUCUGCUGCUUCUAGCUUUGGUCAUAUUCCAACUGCUCCGAAAGACCAAUCGGCUCUAGAUUCAACGCAUCUGAAUCCGACGCAUGCGAGACAAGCAAACAACAUGGAGGAACAUAAUAACACCAAGAUGUCCGUGACUCUUUUUAACGGCAACCCAUCUUCAUCCGCGUCCAAAAUUGAACCUCGCAGGCAGGCACUUCAUCCCCGUCGAGGUCAGGCUACUCCAGAGCUGCCGCCCUAA